AUGGCCACGAACGAGAAUCUCGUCGAUGAGACGAAUCCUCUACUACCAAGGCCAAACACAUUUGCUGAAAGACAGGUGCUAGCAGCGGGUGCGCGGCCUCGUACCAAUUCUGUCGCAUCCUUGCUGGCCAGGGGAAGAAGCAAUACCAUCGAUAGUUUACGCACAACGUAUGCAGUUGUCCGAAGGCAUAGAACUGGGUUUGCAUUCAUCUUAUUUGUCACCUUUCUGGUAUACUGUGCGUUUGUCUUGGCGUUUUUGCCGAGUACGUCGAUAUCUCGGGACUUCCGACGCCUGCACUUCGCCAAGGUCACCAAAGAUGAGGCGUACCGCCUAUUCGUGACGUCGCUGCUAUGGGAAAACUAUGCAAAGGGGCACAUGCGACAUAUUGCGAGUAAAAAUCAUCCUGCGGGGGAUAGCCGGGCACUUAAAUAUACUAUGAGGGAGCUGAGGGCGUACGGGCUCAACCCUGUGUGUGAAACCUACUACCCGUACUUUAACACGCCCAUUCGGACUGAAGUGAGCAUAUGGACCAAUGGUCUAGAGGCUGAGAAGCUCAGCACCUGGGAAGAUGUGCUAGACCAGAGCCAAAGCACGAACAUAUCCGUUGCUGGGUUCCAUGGGUACUCUGCUGAUGGUGAUGUAACUGCAGCUUACGUUUAUUGCGGGUACGGUUCCGCUGAAGAGUACUUCUAUCUCCUGCAGAACGGUAUCCAGCUGGCAGGGAAGGUACAUAUAGUACGAGAGGGCCGCUUGCAUCCAGGGCAGAAGAUUCGAUAUGCAGAAGCUUAUGGCGCUGUGGGAGUCAUAACCUAUAGUGACUCGUGCGAUGAUGGAAAUGUCACCACUGUUCACGGGUAUGCUCCGUAUCCUUUUGGCCCUGCGGCGCACCCCAGUCGAUUGCGCCGAGACUCAGUGCUGUUUUCCAAUGAGAUCCCAGGAGAUCCCACCACCCCAGGCUCUGUUCCUUGGUCUCCUCGUACACGUAGGCAACUUAUGAAUGCUCGAGUGCCCCGGAUACCUUCUGUGCCGAUUAGCGAGCGGGAGGCUUCUAAGCUUCUGAAGCUCCUGAAUGGCAAGGGCGUGCGUGUAGGUCUUGGCGGUAAUACGAAAGGGUUUGAUUACCAUUCUGGCCCCUCGGACUCUAAUGUCCAAGUACGCGUCUUGAAUAGGCAGAAUUACGGGAUGCAUGCGAUUACCAAUGUUAUUGCGGAGGUACCAGGCAUCCUGAAGGACCAAGAAGUAGUCAUUGGCGCCAACCGGGACUCAUGGGCCGUGGGCGCAGGGGAGUCUGCCAGCGCUACAUCUAUCCUGCUUGAGAUAGCCAGAGGGCUCGGAGCUGCUCGCAAGAAAGGAUGGAAACCUCUUCGCAGCAUCAAGCUGAUUAGUUGGGAUGGUGAGGAACUCGGUCUGUUGGGUUCCACCUCCCACGGAGCUGCACAUAACACAUCUAUCUCGGAUAAAACGAUAGCGUACUUUAAUCUUGGAAACCCUGUCACGGGUACUGAUUUUGAGUGCGAAGCGCAUCCACUGGUUGCAGGCCACCUGCUCGAUGCGUCAAAGGCUACCAACUUCAAGGAGAAGUUCUCUGAUACGCUAUAUGACUACUGGCGGAACCAGUCGAAUUUAAGCAUUGCAUCGCCUGUGUCCAGCUCCAGCUACGCGACAUUCCAGCAUCAUUUGGGCGUGCCCAGCGCAGAGUGCCGCUUUGUCAAUAACCGCAAGGACGAUGCGAUACACCACGGCCAUUCCAGCUACGACACUUAUACGUGGAUGGAAAAAUUACUCGACCCUGACUAUGAGCUGCAUAACACUCUCGCCAUGUUUGUGGGCCUUUCCGCGCUGAUGCUAGCGGAAAAUGAGCUAGUCCCUUUCCGCACGACUGACUACAUGAUUGAACUGUGGAGAAUCUACGAGGACCUCCAUCAGCCGCUGAAAAAGGCUUUUUUGCAUAACGAAGAAGUAUGUGUCCUUUAUUCCGCAUUGUCAAGCCAGCUUCAGCUAGCUGCGUUCCACACCGCCGUGUCGUUCGAUGCCUUCACAGCGUCAGUGCGCAGUAAAACCAUUGUGGACUACCCAUGGUGGAAACUGCGCGAAAAGCUACGCAUCUACAAUAACUUGACCAGUUCCAACAGAAGGAUGAAGCUGUUAGAUCGCAUAUUCAUCAAGCAGCUGGGCCUCGCCGGCAGACCGUGGAUGAAACACACGGUUUUUGCCCCAGCCGGCAAUAACUGCGCUAACUGCACAAUGCUCCCGGGCCUUUCAGAAGCAAUACACGCUAAAGAUGCAAAUUCUACCAUCAAAUGGCUGAAAUCCCUCUCUACGCAAGUUGAUCGAGUCAUCAGUCUGCUGACUGUGUGA